AUGUCGGAUGGAUGGACUGAUAAAAAAAGGCGUAGUAUUUGUAAUUUCUUGGUGAAUAGCCCUAAAGGAACAGUUUUCCUUUAUUCAUUGGACACUUCUGACAUCUCAAAAACAACGGAUAAAGUUGUCAAAAUGCUAGAAGAUGCCGUAGAAUUUGUUGGUGAAGAGAAUGUAGUCCAAAUUGUUAUAGAUAAUGCUGCUAAUUAUAAGGCUGCUGGAGAAAGAAUGAUGGAGACUAGAAAAAGUUUGUACUGGACACCAUGUGCUGCACACUGCAUAGAUUUGAUAUUGAAGAAUUUUGAAAAGAAGCUAAAGGUGCAUGAAACAACCAUAAAAAAGGGAAGAAAAAUCACCACUUUUAUCUACUCCCAGAGUAUGCUCAUUAGCAUGUUGAGGAAUUUUACAAAGGGAAAGGACUUGGUUCGGCCAAGUGCCACAAGAUUCGCCACUGCCUAUUUGACUCUCACUUGUCUUCAUGAUAAUAAAGGACCGUUGAUGACUAUGUUUACUUCUGCUUAUUGGAAGACAACUAAGGUUGCAUCAACGCCUGAAGGAAUAAGAGUCCAAAACAUGGCCUUGGAUAGUAGGCUAUGGAAGAAUAUUGUAUGCCUCAAGGCUGCUACUCCUCUCAUUACAAUCCUUCGCUUGGUUGAUUCAGAUGAAAAACCAGCCAUGGGUUUCAUCUUUGAAGGCAUGAGAAACGCCAAAGAAACAAUCAAGACUAACUUCGGUUGUGUUAAAAAGAGUUAUAAACCUAUAUGGGAAAUUAUUGAUGGAAGGUGGGAAAGUCAAUUGCAUAGACCAUUGCAUGCAGCUGCAUAUUAUCUUAAUCCUCAUUAUCACUAUGAAUCAAAUUUCAUGGUUGAUGAUGCUGACAUUAAGAUUGGUCUAUAUAGUUGUUUGAAAAAACUGGUUCCUAACCAGGAAGAAAGGAAAAAGGUUGGUCUACAGCUUCCUGACUUUCAUUAUGCUAGAGGCCUCUUUGGUAAUAAAACUGCAAAGAGUAGUAGGAAGACCAUGCUACCUGCUGAGUGGUGGGACUUCUAUGGAGAUAGCUGUCCAGAACUAAAGAAGUUUGCUAUCCGAGUUCUAAGCUUAACUUGUAGUUCAUCUGGUUGUGAGCGUAAUUGGAGUGCAUUUGAAAUGGUUCAUACAAAGAGAAGAAAUCGGUUGCAUCAAAAGAAAAUGAAUGAUUUAGUGUAUGUGAUGUAUAAUUUGAAGUUAAAGGGCAAGCAAAUUAGAAAAAAUCCAGAACUUGAAUUUGAUGCAGUGCAUUCUGAUGAUGAGUGGAUAACUGAGGAUGUUAAUGAAAAUAUUGCUGAAAGUGUUGAGCAUUCUCACUUGCCAACGAGUGACAAUACUAAUGAUGAUCCAAAUAGUAAUGAAUUUGCUAUUUCAGGUAUGAAUAGUAAUGAAUUCAACAUGGGUGAGGGAGGUGAGAAUGAGUUUAUUGGGGAUCCACAACAAAAUUUAAUAGAGGAAGAAGAUGAACAUGUGAAUGAUGAUACUGAUUUUGUUGGCCGUGUUGAACCUGAGCCUGAAAGAAAUGAUAAAUUUAAUUGUUGCUUUGUUGCACGCUAUCAGAAUAGUCUGCUAGUUGAACUUGAAAUUGCGUCUCGGGAGGAGUUCACUCUUAUAGAAAGAGGUCUUACGAAACUUUGGGAACGUUUGGCUCGGGAAAAGACUCAAGAAGUUCCAGAAGAGACAGGCGAGAUAGUUCAAGAUUUAAUGCUCGAAGGAGACGUUGUGCCAAAUAGUUCUGAUGAGAUUGUCUCCAAAGGACACCAACCUUCCAUCAUAACCUUUGACCUCAAUAAAACUCCAGAGGAGAAUGAUAUCUGUUGACUCAAUACUUUAUUAUUAGUCUGAC